CGCGGGGUCACGGGGGGGGGGUGGUCUCCUGCCGGCGCCUCCGCUCUGUCCCUCGCCGCGCCGCCUCGGUGGCCCGCUGGAGGACUGACGGCAGGAGGGACAAGAUGGCGGAGGCCUCGGCGGCCGCCGUGCCCCAGCACCGGUUCUUCUGCCACAGCUGCAAGGGGGAGGUCAGCCCCAAGCUACCGGAAUACACAUGCCCACGGUGUGAGUCUGGAUUCAUCGAGGAGGUCACUGAGGAUUCCAGCUUUCUCGAUGGCAUCGAUGACAGCCCAGCCACACAGUUUGCAGAGCUUUGGGACCACCUGGACCACACCAUGUUCUUCCCGGACUUCCGGCCCUUCCUAAGCAGCAGUUCCCUGGAGCAGGACAACAGGGACACCGAGAGGGGCCACCAAGCCCAUGCUGAUCUAUGGGGCCCCAGCCGCCCCCCCCGGCUGCCCAUGACACGGAGGUACCGGGCCCGGGGCAGCUCUCGCCCCGACAGGUCUCCUGCUAUUGAGGGCAUAAUCCAGCAGAUCUUUGCAGGCUUCUUUGCCAACUCAGCGCUUCCUGGCUCCCAACACCCUUUCUCCUGGAGUGGGAUGCUGCAUUCCAACCCCGGGGACUAUGCCUGGGGACAGAGUGGCCUCGAUGCCAUCGUCACCCAGCUCCUGGGGCAGCUGGAGAACACUGGUCCCCCUCCUGCUGACAAGGAGAAGAUCUCCUCCCUCCCCACAGUGACAGUAACUCAGGAACAAGUUGAUACAGGCCUGGAGUGCCCGGUGUGCAAAGAGGACUACGCGGUGGCCGAGCAGGUCCGGCAGCUGCCCUGCAACCACUUCUUCCACAGCAACUGCAUCGUGCCCUGGUUAGAGCUGCACGACACAUGUCCCGUGUGCAGGAAGAGCCUCAAGGGGGAGGAUUCCAGCCGGCACCCACCGGAGGCCUCUGCCAGCCAAGUGCAGGAGCGAUGGACUUUCUGAUGCUCCUGAGCUUCCUGGGGGGCUCUGCCUGGAGCAUCCCCCCCCCAAUGUACAUUGUAUUCCAAUUCCAACCUCCAAAUCCAACCCAGAGUAGCAGGAACCAUAGAGCAGGGAGGGACCCACUGCACUGAGUGCUGGUUUUCUCUCCCGAAUCCUUCUCCCAGUGUCUCCAUUGGAAUUGCCUCUAGCCUGAAAUCCCUUUCUUUUGGAGUGAUUUGCCUUGAGUUUUAUACUUUGGGAGCCCUUUACCCCAUCCCAAGGGGGGGGCAUCCCCCUCCUGGCACAGAGCUUGGGGUGGGAAAGGGGAUUUGGGGCUUCUCCCCUCUGCCCCCUGGCAGUGGGAGGGGUUGGAAGUGAAUCCAGGAGGAUUUGCCUGGGGAUUCCUUUGGCACUGGAGCAACUGGAGGUGUCUCAGGUGAGGCUGAGGGGACGGGAGCUUGGUUGGGCCCCGGCUCUGAGCAGGAUUUAGGGGCUUGUGGUGGAGGUGGCAGGGGGGGGGUUGGCUCCUCUGGGUCUGUCCAAGCCUCCCCUGCCCAGCACCAUUCCGGGUUGUACCCUAUGGACCACAUUAAAGGCAACCUUUAGGAACCCA